GUGCAUAAUAACAGAAGAUAACCGCAAGACUUCAAAGGUUGUAGUUCUGUUAAAGGCAGCAUAAAAGCAUUUUUCACUGCCUAGGACUCAUUUUGUCAGGAUGUCUUGCUUACACACAUGGCUUCAUGCAUUCACCCUAAGUUUUAUACUGUGGAAAACCUGCAAUGCAUGUGGAAUCUCUACUCAUACCGAAAUAGGUCACAGAGCUCAGGAAUUCUUCAAUGAAAAUGAAGGUGGAGUUAACUAUAAAGAGCUGAUCCAGAAACACCUGGAUGCCUAUCAGGCGGGAGCCCUUUAUCCAGAUUCAUUUUAUCCAAUAAUAUGCAAAAGUGGUAAGUUCCAUCAGGUGUCAGAAGAUACCCACUGGACUCCUUUUCUGAAAGUGAUGAUUAAUUAUAUCAGGAACAAUUAUCCCAAGCCUUGGGACACGGGUACAGAGAAAUUGGUGGUAUUCCUGCUUGGGAUUGCCUCUCAUAUGGUAUCAGAUGUUACAUGGCACAACCUAGGGAUCAAGCAAGGAUUCCUGUAUGCAAUGGGUGCAGUGGAUUUUCAUGGGUCAUUCUCUCAAGCACACACCGCUGGUGAUUUCGGGGGAGAUGUGAUUGCCCUAUAUCAGCUCAACUUUGACUAUGUUCAAAAGGCAUGGUAUGUACCUGUUAAAGACCUGGUGGAAGUUCACAAGGAAUACUAUGGACAUCAAAUGGUCGAUGAAGCUACAAUCACUGAGUGUUCUUCCUUCCAGUACCUGGGGCUCAUGGCUGAACAGCUACUCAUUGACAAGCUUUUCCCAAUGUAUGCCAAAAAAUCCCUGUUCUUAGUAGACCGUUACUCUGAAUAUUUUUUUGGUGGAGUAGAUGAUAUGGCAUAUUGGACAACAAAAGUGAUGAGACAAACUGUCAAGAUGCUGGAAAAUGGAACCGGGGAAUGCUCCCUUCCAGAGAAUCCCCUCUUCAUUGAUUGUGAAGGGAAAAAGCAAGACAAUUAUAUGGAAAAGAAAUCAGAAAUGAGUUCUGUUUUGUAUAUAAAUUCAUCUUUUAUAAACAUGAUGCCAGUUUUGAAAGUUGUACCUGCAGAAAGAGGAGUAUACUUUGAGCUACAGACUUGGGCAAAGGACACUAUGCAGUAUGCAGAAAAGAGUAGCAUCAUGGAAACUGUGAAUUCUCUUCUGGACUAUUGGAAUAUAUUUUCCAGAAAUACCAAUGAGCUAACAGCUUCAUAUUAUGUAACAACUCCUUAUGCCCGGCUAGGAUGGACAAUGAUUACAGCUGAUCUAAACCAGGAUGGUUAUGAAGAUUUGGUGAUUGGUGCUCCUGGGUACAGCCAACAAGGCAACAUUCAUUUAGGACGGAUCUAUGUUGUGUAUAACACAGGGGAUGGUUUGCCAUCUGAUUCCAUGGAUCUCGAUAUAAAAGCGGAUGUGAUUCUGGAAGGUCUUGAGCCCUCAGGCCGUUUUGGAUCAUCCGUGGCUGUGCUUGACUUUAAUAGAGAUGGAAUAAUGGACAUAGCAGUUGGAGCGCCCUCUGUAGGAGCACCUGAUAGGACUUACAAUGGACAUGUGUAUGUGUAUUUUGGAAGUAGAGAACGUGGCCUUGGCAUUCAGAAUAAACCAAGCAUUGUAAUUAAUUGUUCGGAAACAUUUUGUAAUCUGGGCUGGAAACUGCUUGCUGCAGAUAUGGAUAAAGAUGGUGCAGAUGAUCUAGUGACAGCCUCCCCUUACUCACCUGGGGGAGGAUCCCAGAGAGGAAUGGUUGCUGCAUUCUACUCCAAAACAAAUGUAAAAGGGCUCUUAACAAUACAGGAUGCAGACUGGAUAGUGACAGGAGAGCAUGAUUAUUCCUGGUUUGGUUACUCACUUCACUGUGAUGAACUGGAGGGUAGAACUUUGCUUGUGAUCGGAAGUCCCUCUUGGAGAAUCUGCAAGAAUCUGGAUUGCUCAUUCUCAACUGAUGAUAUACAGAAUGUGGGAAAGAUAUAUGGCUUUUAUCCUCCAAAAAGAGUGCCUGAAUUUGCUGUUUUAGGAAACAAGGAAGGAGCUCGAGUGGGAUCAUCAAUUGCCUCUGGGCAUGUUUUAGUGGACGGUGCGCAAAGAAGAGUGCUGCUGGUUGGCGCCCCUACAUAUGAUUCAAUUUCUGUCUCCCAGGCUGGGCAAGUUUUGCUUUAUGAGCUGACAGCUGAUAAGGGUAUUUCUCAGAUCAGUACCUUCACUGGGGACAAAGAGAUAUCCCGGUUUGGAGAAGCAGUUCACCUCUCUGAUCUGGACAAUGAUGGAACAGAUGAUGUAAUUAUCACAUCACCAAUAAGAGCAAAAGAUGGAAUAAUAAUCUCAGGGGAAGAGGAAGGACGUGUCUAUAUUUUUAAUGGAACGACAUUAACAACAGACUGCAAGAGGGCACACAGAUCUUGGAUUUCUUCAUGUCCCCAAGCCAAGGCACAAUAUGAGCUAAAACCACUAAAUGUAAAAUCAAGAUUUGGGAAUGCUGUGGUUUCUGUAAAAUCAAAGACAAAGAAUCAGGUUCUUGUGGCAGCAGAAAGAAGUUCAAUGCAGGGUCAUCGACUGACUGGUGCUGUUCACCUCUACUCAUUCUGACCUAUGUGAAAUGGAAAUAUCUAACAAUACAACAAGCAACUUGAGUGUAUUUUGACUAACUACAGAAAUUUUGAAAUUAAUGUAUAAAUAAUUAAAUAAAGAAAUAAAGAAUCA